ACACGUCCGCGAAACAUACACCACAGUCAGACUGAUGGAGCACGCACUGCGCCUACGAGCGACACCAAUUUAAUUUUCGCGAACUCUCUUCACCCUGUCACUCGUGUGCUGUAUCAAUCAUUUGACUCCGCCCAACAUUUUCUUUCCCCCGGGGAAGAGAGUCGAGAUCAGAGUUUUAUGUGACUUUUUUUUAUUUUCUCCGAAAAACAAUCGUUAAUUAUUUACCGAGUUUUGAAACCAGAGAGAGUAGAGGCGAACACAGAUCAACUAGGUCGCGGAAACAGCGUAUAGGAUUACAGAGCUGUUGUUUUUAUUUCAUGGUUCUACGGUGUUGGAACAACGUAACCUUUGUAGCAUGGUGAUGAUGAUGAUGAUGAUGAUGAUGAUGGUGAUAAUACAAACUGAACACGCACACACGGAGGACCAUUGAAAAAAUGCAAGCUAUAAUACUACCCAUGUAUGUGAAUGUACAAGUAACCCUUAAACGAUAGCCUCUCUCCCAGCCAGCCAGCAGCACGGCAAACGUUCCAGAACACAGGGAGGGAUUUUGUUUUCGUACUGCAAGGGGAUUUCUCUAGACUGCAUAAUUUCAGGCAGCACAUUAUAAACAGUGCAUUCGCUGGGUUUGCAAGAUGGAGACGGGAAUCCGUGGUGCGAGCGAUAUGUUGGCUACGCUAUCUAGAGCGACCGGUGUUAUACCGCUCAUCAUAUUUCUUACGUUUACUGCAGCAAGGGGCGGCAGCUCAUUAAAGACAUAUACCAUGCCUGGUGAUGCUUGUGGCUACGUGGUGACCAAUGGAGACCAAUUCAAGGUGGUCUCAAAACAGUCGCCAGUAGAGGGCCAUCCGGACCAAUCGUCUUACCAAGCCGAUGUCAGCUGCUCCAUUAUCUUCAGAACAAGACCAGGAAAGCGGAAUUUUCUUCGACUCUCCAAGUUUGAGGUUGAAACGUCGAGACGUUGCACCAAGGAUGGGUUGUACCUGUACGACGGAGGUCGAGAGGAGAAAUCCAAGAUCAUGUCGGCAAACCAGCACGCCCUUUGCGGUACGACGCUUUCACUGCCUAACUACUUCACAUCCACUAGCCACGAGGUCACCCUGAAAUUCGUCACCGAUGGAGGUAACAAUUCGUAUAAGGGUUUUACGGUCCUCGUUACGCCAUUCGAAGACACCGACACUUGUGAUGGCUUUACGUGUCUCCUUACUAAACGCUGUAUCACAAAAGACGCCGUCUGCAACUCGGAAUAUCAAUGCGAAGAUGGCUCUGAUGAACCAGACAAUUGUCAUCUCUUUGGAAAUACAGGUACCCGAGCCAGACUUUCUUUGGCAAACUUGACGUUAAUUCUCGUCGCCAUGGUCUCGCUUAGAGGGGUCUUAACUGACGACAGAAUAACUCUGUAGUACCUCCAAGUGUUUAUAACUGCAUAGACACUGCGCUUAAAGGCCAGUUAAAGGUCCUUAAGUGGAGACUACACAGUGUUUGAGUUUGACUAUUGACUGAUGUGUCUACUAACGUGCAAACAUGGAGGCAACGUAUCUGUCAUUCAGGCAGUGUAGAUUGGCCGUGCCUUUUCACUGUCCGUGCACGGUCUUCAGCUGGUGCCGCAUCACACAAAAACGCGUUAAAAGUAGUAGGCUAUAGGUGUUCUGCACAGGUUUACCAACAUUAUUGGCUUUUGUUGAAUAUUACAGAGUAGAGAGCAAAGAUAAUCUCUGGUAGAGAGUGGUUAUAUAAAUUCAGUGACCUGCUUAUGUCAUGGCCAGAGGACUGCAGCACUCAUGUUGCCGCAGCGUUGGUUUUCUGGCUGCAUUGUUACCACUCGUCUUGUACACACUGGUUGCCAUGUUGCCACUCUCACAUGUUCAAUUGAAACAAUUAAAUCUGCGAAUUGUAAAUCGCUUGUGGGCAUUGAUGGUGCAGUUCAUUUUGAAUCAUUUAUCAUGUACUUCACAAGCUGGACGCUAUAGAAGCUAUUAGUACACUUAAGGCAGUUAUUAAACUCAGUUGAUGCUUACUAUAAUGGGGGACUUUUGCUUCGCUAGGUGGCAGCAGACUGACCAGGUAUACAUCCAUUGUGUUUGGUACAGAAUCAAACUGUGUAAACAAUUGAUGUCAUUAUUCCGAAUUUAAAUUUGUGACAUUGUAGUAAAUAAUUGCACUGCUUGAUGUCUACGGCAUCGGGUUUGGGCAGUCUCUGUGGUAUUAAAGGCAGUGGACACUAUUGGUAAUUACUCAAAAUAGAUAUUAGCAUAAAACCUUACUUGGUAACGAUUAA